GUUUUAAAGAUCUUCCUUGACAAUGCCUUCCCAGUAGCCUUGCUGAAGGUUCCAGCAGCUAUACGCUGCUUAGACUUGAGUUCUUCUAGGAACAAGUUGGCAGUUGUUGAUGAGCAUAACACACUUCUUGUUUAUAAUGUUUCUGACUCAGAAUUGCUCUUCCAGGAACCAAAUGCAAACAGUGUGGCUUGGAAUACCAGCUGUGAAGAGAUGCUCUGCUUCUCGGGAAGCAACACCCUCAACAUCAAAGCUUCAAACUUCCCUACUCAUCAGCAGAAAUUACAG